UCUCGCUGGCAUGCCCUAUAAAGGAAACCGGAUUCCCUCUUUCCCCUCCCUACCGCUUCAUCUCUGAGCGCUGGAGAAAUAGAGAGAGAGAGGAUUGGGGAAACCCUAACCCUAACCCCCUUUUAUCCUCCCCAUCCUCCUCUUCGAUCGUUUCCACCCCUCAAAUCUGUCUAUCGGUUCGAGUUAUCUGCGGAUCCUUCCCCAGUUGAUCGAUCCAGGGCCCUGUGCCGUUCGAAUUCGGGUUCUCUCUGUCGGGGGAGCCGCCGUUUCUUCGUUCUCUUCUUGAUUUCGCCGAUCAGAGUGCUGGUUCGGGGGAUCCUGGAAUCCGCCACGGUUUCGGGUGAUUCUCCUUCGGCGAUGGCGAUCUGGUGAGCGCGGUAUCUAAUCGCUCCUCCUGCGGAUGAAUUCCUUUGAUCGAAGGGUUUUUUCUUGCGCGGAAGCCUCUCUCCUCCUGUAGCGGCUGGCGGCGAUCGGCGAUAUCAGGGAUUUUGCUGCGGAUCGUGGUUCUUUGCUGGUUGGAUCGCUGUUCUAUUCGUUCUGGAAGUAAAAGGGUUGGCGGAGAACUCAUCUCGAGCUCUUCUUCUUUUUCCUUUCGGAAAGAUCGUUUCUUGAUGGGAGAAUAGAGCGUUAUCUUCAUCAAGGAUUAGAAAGAAGAUAUACUGCUUGUACUCUAUGAUUUCUAUUGUUCUAGCGUAAUAUCAGGCCUGCUUUUUAAUUUUCGGCCUUUUAAAUUCAGUUUGCUGCUUUUUUUCCCCGGCAAAGUUCUGUUCUUUGUGGUUGAUCUGGUCUGCAAUUAGAUCAGAGGAAGACCAGAGUGGAAAAAAAAAAUAAUGGCUGUGUAUUAUAAGUUUAAAAGUGCAAAAGAUUACGACUCUAUUCCAAUUGAGGGUCAAUUCAUAUCUGUUGCCAAUUUGAAAGAACGAAUUUUUGAAUCCAAGCAUUUGGGAAGGGGUACCGAUUUUGACCUCAUGGUCUCCAAUGCGCAGACUAAUGAAGAAUAUGUAGAUGAAGCUGCUAUGAUACCCAAAAAUACAUCAGUAUUGAUUCGUCGCGUCCCAGGACGGCCACGGAAGCCUAUUGUCACAGAACGAGACGAGAACAAAGUUGUAGAGGAUAAUGUAGAAGAUCUUCCACCAGCAAGUAACACUUUGGUUGGCGAUUCAUCUACAAUGAAAUAUCCUGAAGAAUCUGAAUGGGAUGAGUUUGGUAAUGAUUUGUAUGCUAUUCCGGAAGUCCUUCCUGCUCAGUCUCUUCAUUGAAGUCGAAGCCCAGGCUGACGUCCCAAGCGACGAGCGCUGACCGGUCCGACCGAGCAGACCGCCACGGCCCGUCCCGCGACUCCCCGAGCCGGACCGCGAAGAGAAGGGCCUCGGACCACGACGAGCCGCUCCCGGCCGAGACCGCCAAGCUGGAUCGGAAGCAGAAGGGCAGCGUGUUCUCCCGCAUCAGCUUCCCGGACUCCUCAUCCGCUGCCGGCGACGGCGGUGAGGGGGCCGGCAAGAAGAGGAAGUCGUCGGAGCUGCCGCUGAAGAACGGGCUCAGGGACCAAAACGAGUCCGCCCACCAUCGGUCCAGUUCGGACGGGCAUAGGGACGAGUGGAAGGGGUCGAAGGGUGGUGGUUCGUCGUCGAUGGGAGGCCGGAGGGGCGGCGGGUACGACCAUGAGUCUAGCGAGGAGGAGUAUCAUUUCAAGAGAAGGCCGUCGUCGUCAAGGAGGGAGGCGGAGGAGGAGGGGCGACCGGCAAGGGGGUCCAGGGAGAGGGGGACGCAUGAGCGUGGGAGCAAGCGCCGAUGA